AUGGCGUUGUACAGCUAUUUCACGAAACUUGCACCUUUUAACUUGGAAGCGUUUCGCUUCCAUCAUGCCUUUGCAGUCGUGUGUAUAAUCUACAUUUCAGCGCUACUGAUUAAAUGGUCGAUAAAGAGAAAGCAGUGGUUGCGUGCGUUGGAGCAGUUUCCUGGACCUCCUGGUCACUGGCUUCUCGGACACGUCCCAGAGUUUAAGCAAGAUGGGGAAGAUUUGCAGAGGAUAUGCAAAUGGGGAGAACGUUAUCCCUAUGCUUUCCCAAUGCAGUUUACCCCUGAUAGGCUACAUCUUUUUGUCCAUCACCCAUCUUAUGUCAAGGCCAUUCUGGCAACAGCAGGACCAAAGGAUGACAUGGGAUAUGGAUUUCUCAUCCCUUGGAUAGGGGAAGGUUUACUUAUUGCUGAUGGACAGAAAUGGUUUCGCCACAGACGACUCCUCACACCCGGAUUCCAUUAUGAUAUUUUGAAACCAUAUGUAAACCUAAUGGCAGACUCAGCCAAGGUUAUGCUGAACAAGUGGGAAGUGUAUGCAAGAACGGGACAGACCUUUGAGCUUUCUCAGCAUGUUAGUCUGAUGACACUGGACAGCAUAAUGAAGUGUGCGUUUAGCUGCCAAAGCAACUGUCAGACAGAGAGGUGGUCCAGCCAAUACGUAAAGGCAGUGUAUGAAUUGUGCAAGCUGGUGAACAUACAGUUUCGCGUCUUUCCAUAUCACAAUAAAAUCAUCUUUCACCUGAGUCCACAUGGCUACAGAUUCAGAAAAGCAUGCAGAAUUGCACACGCCCAUACAGAUGAAGUCAUAAAACAGAGAAGAGAAAUUUUAAAUAAUAAUAAGAAGAACCAGGAUGAUGCUCAGAAAAGGAGACAUUUAGACUUUCUGGAUAUCCUUCUAAGUGCUUGUGAUGAGCAGCAGCAGGGCUUGUCAGAUGAAGAUAUCCGAGCAGAGGUGGACACGUUUAUGUUUGAGGGACAUGACACUACUGCCAGUGGCAUCUCCUGGUUCUUCUACAGCAUGGUCUGCAAUCCUGAGCAUCAGCAGAAGUGCAGAGAGGAAAUCCAGCAAGUGCUGAUGGGAAAGGAUACUAUUGAUUGGGAGGAUCUCAGUAAAAUACCAUACACCACAAUGUGCAUUAAGGAAUCCCUGCGUAUGUACCCUCCUGUUCCAGGAAUAGGACGGACGUUGACCCAACCUAUUACCUUUUUUGAUGGAAGAACAAUUCCUGCAGGUCUGCUUCUUGGAAUCAGUAUUUAUGGAAUUCAUCACAAUCGUACAGUUUGGGAGAAUCCAGAGGUUUUUGACCCGCUGAGAUUUCUGCCAGAGAACAUUGCUAAGAGAUCACCCCAUGCCUUUGUGCCUUUUGCAGCUGGACCAAGGAACUGCAUUGGCCAAAACUUUGCUUUGAAUGAGAUGAAAGCGGUCGUGGCUCUGACACUGAGGAAGUAUGUUCUCAUCAAAGAUCCAGAACAUAAGCCGAAGAUGGCCCCUCAACUAGUGCUCAAGUCUCUCAAUGGUAUACACCUCAAGAUCAAAUUUGUGGAAAAUUAA